CGUUACUUGCAAUUGGCAAAUGUUUGCCUGGACGUGUUUUGUUUGCGCGCGCAAGAAGGAAGCCAAGACAACGCAGGCGCUGUUGCAGGUGGUCAGAGUGGUGGAAGCAAACCAUGGCUGCGCAGCGGGCGAGGUUGAUGAGGGAGAUUCAGCUGCUGAAGAAGAGUCCACCGCCAGGCGUGCAGUGUUGGGUUCAUGAUGAUUCAAACGUGACUGUGCUUCAUGCUGAUGUUGCUGGUCCGCCCGAUUCCCCGUACGAAAAGGGCGUGUUUCGGGUUGAGCUUGACUGCAGUGGACGCUAUCCCUUUGAGCCGCCAAAGGCUCGCUUCAUCACGCCGAUCUACCACCCCAACAUUGACACGGCGGGACGCAUCUGCCUUGAUCUGCUGAAGAUGCCGCCAAAGGGAUCGUGGAAGCCGUCCAUCAACAUCUCGACGCUCCUCACAUCGUUGCAGCUGCUCAUGGGCGAGCCUAACCCUGAGGACGGUCUGCUGCCCGACGUUUCAUCUGAGUUCAAGUACCGCCGCGGAGAGUUCUUGAGAAAAGCACGGGCGUUUACACAAAAGCACGCUGUCGGCUCCUCCUCCUCCUCCUCAGCCACAGCCACAGCAUCGGCAGAUGCAACGGGAAAGGUGCCCGAAUCCGUGGUGGGUGAGGAGGACCAGACCCGGCGAGUUUUGGAGGAGAAGGAGAGUGGUGGUGGCGUCGACAAGGAACGUGCUGCCGACCAAGGUAUGCACGCUGCCAAAGACGAGGAUGAUGACAACAGCGAAAACGUGCCUGUGCGUGUCGUACGAACCAGCAAGCGACGUGUCGUUGAUCCUGUGCCUGCUCACCAUGACAGCACAGGUGCACCGCCUUCCAAAGUGCCAUCAACAUGACCCUUUUGCUGUCUGGUCCCUUUGUCCAGUUGUGACUUUGUCGGUCGUUUGCGCGUUGUUUUGUUCAUGUGAAUGAGUGGGUAAGCGACUUGUGGUGCGAUUCGUGGUGCACUAUCAUCUAUGGCCGUUUACUUGGGCUGUAUGUACACAAGUGAAUGCAUGCACAAGUCGGGCGGAAGUCACAUCACAUCCGUACACAAAAUAGCAGAUCAACAUCAACCGGUG